CUAAAAACCUAACAGCCGCCAGCUAAAAUGCGGAAUAAAUUCCUGGAAUUGAAGGCUGAAGAUAUAGCAAAAAUGUGCUUUAACAAGUUCAAAACUUUGCCCAAAACGGGUAAACCAAAAAAUGAUGAAUGGACGGUUUUGGCUGGUGUUGUUUUGCACAAUGACCUUAGUGCAACAAGCGAGGUUGUGUCGUUAGGAUGUGGAACCAAAUGCAUUGGCAAAAGUAAACUAUGUUCUAAAGGUCUCAUUCUUAACGACUCACAUGCCGAGGUGCUCGCCCGUAGAGGUCUUCUGAGAUAUUUCUACAUUCACAUUCAAAAGGCAUUGGAAAAUGACAGCAGUUCUAUAUUCACAUGGGUUUUUGAAAGUAAGAAAUGCAAAUUAAGAGAUGGAAUAUCUUUCCAUUUCCUAAGUACACAAACUCCCUGCGGUGAUGCUUGCAUAAUAGAUAAUAAAAAAGAUGCAAUUGAUGGCGAACCAUUAAUAAAAAGAAAAAAAUUGGAAGAUGACUCCUCCAAGUCGCUUUCUUAUGUCGAAACUAGUGGUGAUGUGGUUUACACUGGAGCUAAGCUUUUGGGUACACAACACACAGAUCUCAUUGAACAAAUAACUGGGGCAGUAAGAACAAAGCCGGGAAGAGGUGAGCGAACUCUGUCUAUGAGCUGCAGUGAUAAAUUAGCCAAAUGGCAGGUAAUAGGCGUGCAGGGGGCACUGUUGGACAUGUUACUUGAAACACCAAUAUAUUUUGAGACUUUAAAUUUUUGUCAAAAUGACCAUGGAGCUUUAGAGAGAGCCAUAUGGAAACGUUUUGAAAAUCAUGAUUACACUAACACAAAAUAUGCACUGCAUAAGCCACUUAUACGCAUUUGUAGUCUGGGAGAAUUUGCACAUGCUCAAGAUGAAAAGAAGCAACCAACCCCAAAUGGAUUGGUAUGGUGCAGUAUACCUGAGUACUUAAAGCCCUAUGAAGUAUCCGUAAAUGGUAAACGCCAAGGAGUUACAAGUAAAAAACUAAAUACAGCUCAAGCCGCUUUAGCUAUUUCAAAAUUUCACCUUUUUAAAAAGUUUGUGGAAAUUGUAAAAUUAAAACCUCAAAGCUUUAAUAUUUGCUGUGAUGACCUAGAAAAUAAGUCAUACCUAGAGCUUAAGUCUAUGUCCAAUGAUUAUCAAAACGCUUGGAGUGAAAUGAAAUGCAAAUAUUUUAAGCAGUGGUCUGCAAAGCCAGAGAACUUAAUCAAAUUUCAACUUAAAGAUGUGGAUGUUGAAGAAAAUAAAGGGAUUGCGAAAUAGCCUUA